AUGAAAGGCCGGAGAUGGCGGUACACUCAGCUGCCCACCCAGGUGGAGGACACCCUGUCUGGGGAAGAGGGCGAGGAGGAGGAAGAGGAGGAGGAGAAAGUGGAGGCAGUCCCAGCCCCAGCCCCUCAGGACCCCGUAGAGCCUCAGCUGACAGAAGCCAGCCAGGUCCUGGGUGCCUCAGAGAUUAGGCAGCUCAGUCUCCACCUACCCCCAAGAGUCACUGGCCACCCCUGGAGUCUGGUCUUCUGCACAUCAAGGGACGGCUUUAGUCUUCGGAGACUAUACCGGCAGAUGGAGGGUCACAGUGGGCCAGUACUGCUGGUGUUGAGAGACCAGGAUGGACAGAUGUUUGGCGCCUUCUCCUCCUCAGCUAUCCGACUCAGCAAAGGCUUCUAUGGCACCGGCGAGACAUUCCUCUUCUCAUUCUCCCCACAGCUAAAGGUCUUCAAGUGGACAGGAAACAACUCUUUCUUCGUGAAAGGAGACCUGGACUCACUGAUGAUGGGCAGUGGAAGCGGCCAGUUUGGGCUGUGGUUGGAUGGAGACUUGUACCACGGGGGAAGCUACCCCUGUGCUACCUUUAACAAUGAAGUGCUGGCCCGGCAAGAGCAAUUUUGCAUCGAGGAGCUGGAGGCCUGGGUUCUGAGCUGA